AUGUUGUUUCCCAACAUCCUUGCCGUUGCGGCGGCUGUCGCCACUCUGGUCUCCGCAAUACCUGCAGCCACCGACGGCAACCUUGCGCCUGAAGUUAUUGCCGAAUCUCUUUUGAAGAGAGGACUAGGACGACCAACACCGUUCCGUCUGUACAAGGCAGACGGAAAGAGGCCUAGAGAACCAUCUCCAUCGCCUCCACGUCCACGUCCUCGACCAGCACCUGGCAAACGUGAACGUAAACGUCAAGUUCUUGCUGAAUCCCUUGACAAGAGAGGAGUAGGACUGAGACCUUUCCGUAAGGUGCGUCUAAGCAAGGCAGACGGAAAGAGGCCUAGACCUGGGCCAGAUGUAUCACCACCACUCAGUCCCCGCCUGCGGCCAGAUGUUCCCGAAUCUCUUUUGAAGAGAGGACUACGAGUAGGAAGACCAAAAGCCUCCGGUCCACACCGUGGUAACUCGGACGAUCCGUGGUGGGCGCCACCACCACCACCGCCAAUACCCACGGUACCUGAUCGCAAAGGUCCGAUCGGUCGUAGUCGCAAAGGUCCUAAUCGCAAGCGUAAUUUUAUUGCCAAUGAAUCCCUUGAGAAGAGAGCGACCAAUUUUGGUGCCCUCAAACUCGGCUCACAACGUCCACACCCUUCGGUUGCACACCCCUCGAACCAAAAACCUCCAACCCCUGGUGGCUUCAACCUUGAUAUCUUCCACACAUUGAUGAACAACCCCAAGGCUUUCCACGAUGCUAAACUUCCCAAGAGUCCCAAUGGCCCCAAGGGUCCCACCCAGAAGCGUGACGUCUCCGAAUCCGUCGAGAAGGAUUCAGAUCUUGAAAGCGAUCUCGAAAGUGACUACGAAAGCGACCCAGAAGACAUCGGAGAUGAUUUCGAGCCAAACGAGUAA